UACAAGGUAAUGCGGGGGUUUAUAUAAUGCAUUCUGCUGCUCAGUCUAUCAGUCAGCAGCAUCUCUACAGGAUGGAAAAGCACACCUCUCUCUACAUGCUCCUCUGCAUGCUGAAUACUGUGAUAUACUCUGGACAUGCUCAAAUUAAUGCCUCUCUGAGCAUCAGUCCUGACAGAUCUCAGUUCUUUGAAUAUGAGUCUGUCUCUCUGAGCUGUGAGGUUCAGAGGGGCUCUACUGGAUGGAGAGUGGUGAGGAACACACUGAAAGGAGGGACUGAAGAGUGUCCCACUGACUGGGGAGUUUUUAAAGGGUCUUCAUGCACCAUAUCAGCAGUACCAUCAGACAGUGGAGUGUACUGGUGUGAGUCUGGGUCUGGAGAACACAGCAAUGCUGUUAACAUCUCAGUACAUGAUGGGGCUGUGAUCCUGGAGAGCCCUGCCAUUCCUGUGACUGAGGGAUAUUUUGUGACUCUGCGCUGCGUAUAUGAAGAUAAGAAAACGAAGAAAACAUCCUCAAACUUCAGAGCUGAUUUCCAUAAUGAUGGAUCCCUCAUCAUGACCAACACUACAGGGGAGAUUACCAUCCCUGCAGUAUCCAAGUCAGAUGAAGGGCUCUACAAGUGUAACAACCCUAAAGGAGAAUCACCAGAGAGCUGGAUGACUGUGACAGUUCCAUCUUCAGCUCCAGGGCCAGCCCCAUCUCCAGCAGUCCCAGUGUGGUCCAUCUCUCUGCCCAGGCUGCUGUGUAGUCUACUAGUAGUGUCUCCUUACCUGCUGGUGACCAUCAUACUGGUAGUGAAAUGCAACAGCCGCAGAAGCAUGGCUCGAGCUCAAUCUGAUGAAGAGAAGAAAAGAUGUACUGUCAUCACAUAAUCAGGAUGUAAUGUUACGCAACAACACACUUUAUGGGAACCAUGUUAAUAUGGUAACAUCGGUGAACAUUGUUAAAGAGAAGAGUAACCAUGUUAUUGUUGUUGUGUUGGAGUACACACACUACUGUAGGCCCAUGUUCUGAGUCUGUGUCAUGCUCCAUGUAGCAUUGCAAGGUUGUGUUGUGUUACAGGUCGGAGUGAGGGAGGGAAGGAGGGAGGGGGAGGGAGGGAGAGAGAGAGAAAGAAAGAAAGAAAGAAAGAAAGAAAGAAAGAAAGAGAAGCCUGACUGAAGGAUGGGGGAGAGAAGAAGACCCCCCCACACACACACACACACACACACAUACACUGUUAACACACACUUGUUUAUCAGAAUAGAGGAUGUGCAGCUGUGUGGCUGGUUGCAUAUGAGCAUAUGCUGUGGUUAACCACUUUCUCUGUCCUUCUGUCUUCUGCUGCCUCCCUGCUCUACAUGCUUCACUGCCAAAGCUGUAGCGGGCUAAAAAGCUACCGGAUAUUCAGAAACAGAGAGAUGGAUUUCAGACAUCCAUAAAUUUGAAGCUGUCAAAUGGUUAUAUUUUACCUGAAGGUAGAAUGACACCAAACACACUUUUUGUUGGAGGAAUCGACAUGAAGGUGGAUGAGAAUGAAAUCCGGGACUUCUUUGCGAGAUUUGGUGCAGUGAAGGAAGUGAAAAUCAUCACUUACCGCGGCGGCAUCUGUAAAGGGUAUGGAUUUGUUUACUUCAAUGAAGAUGUCGACAUCCAAACCAUCAUUGACCAACAGAUAAGUUUUAAAGGGCGGAAACUGAAGCUGGGUCCAGCAAUCAUGAAGGAAAGGAGCUCACGUUCCAUGCCGUCUCACCUGGUUGGUCAGGUCCCCUGGAUGAGCCCCUCCCAGUACAUCUACUGCACCUGCUGCUCUCCUGUGGGCGUGGCUCAGCCCUCACCUGUACUCAACGGGGGCAAUCCCUACAUCCAGCCUUACUCGUAUAACGGCCUUCAAGGAGUCAUGAUGCCACAGAUGCCCAUGAGCUACUCACAAACCGCCUACGCGUACCAGUACGCCUCACCACACUGGACCGGGGAGCAGAGGACACGGCUUGUCAACCAGAACUUUGUGGACUGUGGAGUCCAGACUCUGCUGACUCUGCUGUAGCCCACUGACCCUCCUGUACCAGGGGGUGAUGUGUGCCAGUCUGCACUGCGACAAGAUGACAUCCUGGCCUUUGGAGUGCUAGAAGCAACAAACUUAAACUAUACAUUACCAGGAUGCUUUCUCUCCCUGAUAUCCCUCGCUCGCUUUGAGACCCAUUUUAACACACCGACCGUGGCGGCUAAACACUUGCACCUGAUGGGCGUGGUCACUGACUGUGCUCCAUGAUUGGCUUGGCUAGGACCACGGUCCUGGGGUUUGGACCGCUUUUAAACCACCUCAACAACCACUGUCACGCAGGGAAGAGAGGAAGUAAUUUUGGUGCCUCGGCAUUUUCAUAACACAAGGCAAUGUGUGGUGUCACUUUUUUUUUUUUUUUUUUUUUUUUGUGGUUUUUGUUGGGUUUUUUGAUUGUCCCAAACCAAAAUACUUUUACGUUCACCUGUGCAUAUUUAUAUUUUAUUUUGUACUGUUUAUGUUGAAAUUAUUUUAAUGUCAGUUUGUUUGGGUUUAAGCUUUUAGCGGGGCCUCUGUACAUAGAUUUGUAAUACAGUAAAUUCAUCUUUAGAAUAGUGAGAUCGAUUAACUUUCACUUUAUUAAUUCACGUUCCAUCCUCAUACUGCUUCAAUUUAAGAUAAACUAGUGCGUUGAAUUAUUAUGAGGGCAGCAUUGGGCACAACACUAACACAUAUUUCAGGUACUAUUUUUUUUGUUCCUGUCUUAAUAAGCUACUUUAGUCACCAUUUUGUUUUCCAUCACUGUAUUCCAAGUGCCUGCCUGCUUUUCUGUUAUGAGGGAUUUAUUUAGAAUUGGGAUGCACUGGUAUCUCAAGUGUUGCUGUUUCCAAAGUUAUGGAUCCUUUUAUUGUGGCACUGGUCAAUGUUUCUUAGGUUAUGUCCCAAAUGGCACCCUGUUCCCUAUUUAGUGCACUACUUUUGACUAGGGUCCUGAUCAAAAGUAGUGAACUAUAUAGGGUGCCAUUUGGGGAGUUGACUUGGACUGUUCCAGCUCUUCCAAGAGGAAAAUCACUGCGUCAAUUUCCCAUGAAGGUGUUGAUAAACUACUUUUAUAAUGCAGCCUGGGUCGGGAAAUCUUUUUUUAAAUUUUAAUUCACUCAAAUUAAGGACAUAACUAAAAGCAAUGUGUUCCAUCACUACAGUUUGAAGUUCACUUUAUUGAGAGAAAUUGUUGCACUGAUUUUAUUGUGUUUAAGAAGAGGUUUUUUUUUUGAGAUGGUGUCAUUUUGAUUUCAUGAAUGAAAAACCCUGAUGUAAUCACGUUUCAGGCCAAUGGGUUAAAUGGGAUAACGUUUGGAUACAUGGGGUCAUGGGUGGGAUUUCAUAUCCGUAACAUCCAGCGGUUUGCCCAGGUGUAUGUGGACGUAAGGUUUUGCCUGCCCUGGAUAACCUCUUCUAAAUGUACCCUCGGCAUGCAUAGUUGUACCUUGUCAUGGAUCUCUUGGUUUAGUUUUCUUUGUCAAUUCUCCUGCUAUGACCCAUGCUAUUCGGUACCCAAAGUUGUUUAAAAUGGCAUCCUAUUGCUUAUAGUGCACUACUUCUCUGGUCGAAAGUAACAUUUGGGAUGUAACCUAGCCAUUGAUCUUAAAGGAAUCUAAUCAUGUUGAUGGGAAUAUGAUGGUUAGAGCUUUUCUAGAUCACUGUACUGGUUUAAGUUGGGUUCUUGUUGAGGUGUUCUUGUUGAGGUGUUCAUGUUAACAAUUUAAGGUUUGGAUUUUGUUUAAAAUAUAUAUAUAUAUAUUACACACAAAUAAAUUUGAGUUAAUCACA